CCCAUUCACUGAAGCGACUAUGUAUCAGCUGUCCUAGACCGCCUUUUGACAUUGGGAUGGUUCGACAUUCACCGAGCGUCAGAUCAUCCUUGAUUCAUCUGUCAUAGGAGUGUUAUAUGCUGCCCUGUCGCUGGCCCAUCUCAAGGGUACUACCGCGAGCUCCCCCGGCCUUUGGCAUUCGUCAGGGUUCCUUUGUCCGCGAUCUUUUCUUUUUACCUUGUGCUUCCUUCCGCGCAGACAUGUCUCUCUUUCAACAAUUCCUUUCGUUGUCUAUUUAUCUUCUCCUGGCUCUUCCUCUCCACACCGCAGCAGCCGCCACCAACAGAACGAUCGACGACACAUAUGGGGACUCCGUUACAGGCAUCUCUCCCGGCUAUUCGAAAUUUUGGAAUGUAGGACAAGACUGUGCAACGUGUGCUGUUCGCCCUUCGCCAAACCAAGCGUUCAUGGGAACAUGGCACGAUACGACAACCAACAAUCCCAUGGACUAUGUGCCACACAACGUGACGUUGACCUUUAACGGUACUGCUAUAUCGGUCUACUGCAUCAUAGCCAACUUGGUCGAGUCAGACAUCACCACGUUCACAAACAUAUCCUUUGAAAUGGACGGUGCGCCGGCGGGCCACUAUGUGCAUACCCCGAACAAAGGGAACUUCGAGUACAACGUCACCGUGUACAGUGUCGCGGGACUCAGCAACGAACAGCAUACCCUCAUCAUGACGGCGGCGCAGGGUACUAGUCCGUCCCUCGUGUUGUUCGAUUGGGCAAUGUACACAUACGACGAUGCCGAGGCGUCGACAUCGAGUGUCGACGCGUCGAGUCCGCAAUCGGGUACAUUGAUAUCGCCCUCUUACACUACAACGACAGAGGCCAACUUGACCACUAUCCCGCCUGACGUCUUGACAGUCACGCUCACUGCCUCGUCAAAAACCCCUGGCUCUCUCGGAACUGGAGGCUCCUCAGCGAGCAGUACUGGCCCAUUGUCGUUCCCGUCCUCGUCCUCGAGCACUUCCGGUGUACCCAGUGCGACAAAGACAGGAGCCGCCGUUGAUGGGCAAGUGAACAUUGUGUUCGGUCUCUUACUAUUUAUACUCUCGAGUUGGGUUCUUGUAUGAGGUUGAUGCCGCAACGGGGCCUGUUGUACUUAGUUGAUCGGUCAAGAGUUU